AGAGGCUGUGGGAGAAGGGAGGGACCAGAGGAGAGAGUGAGAGAGGGCUCGCGGAUCCAGUUCGCAGACUAAGCAGAAGAAAGAUCAAAAAACAGAAAAGAGGGGACGAGCAAACAGGCGCUUUCAAGAGCAAUCCCCUCAUCUCCAAGCGGACAACGGUCUAGGAAUCCAAACUCAGCGCCCACCGAAGACAAAGGCGCCCCAAGGGAGUGGCGGCACGACCCCAGAGCUUGGGCCCCACCGCGGAGCCCGCACGGCUGGCGGCCGGGACAGUCGCGGACCAUGUCUCCUGCCCUACGGCCCGCCGGCGGUCUGCUACUCCCCCUGCUCACGCUCGCCACCGCGCUCGCCUCCCUCAGCUCGGCCCAAAGCAGCUUCAGCCCCGAAGCCUGGCUGCAGCAGUAUGGCUACCUGCCCCCGGGGGAUCUGCGAACGCACACACAGCGCUCACCCCAGUCCCUCUCAGCUGCUAUCGCUGCCAUGCAGAGGUUCUACGGUCUGCGAGUGACGGGCAAGGCUGAUGCAGACACCAUGAAGGCCAUGAGGCGCCCCCGCUGUGGUGUCCCCGAUAAGUUUGGAGCUGAGAUCAAGGCCAAUGUUCGAAGGAAACGCUAUGCCAUCCAGGGCCUCAAAUGGCAGCAUAAUGAGAUCACUUUUUGCAUCCAGAAUUACACCCCCAAGGUGGGAGAGCAUGCCACAUUCGAGGCCAUUCGCAAGGCAUUCCGCGUGUGGGAGAGUGCCACACCACUUCGUUUUCGAGAGGUACCCUAUGCCUAUAUCCGAGAGGGCCAUGAGAAGCAGGCCGACAUCAUGAUCUUCUUCGCUGAGGGCUUCCAUGGUGACAGCACACCUUUCGAUGGCGAGGGUGGCUUCCUGGCACAUGCCUAUUUCCCAGGCCCCAACAUUGGAGGGGACACCCACUUUGACUCUGCUGAGCCCUGGACUGUCAGGAAUGAGGAUCUGAAUGGGAAUGACAUCUUUCUGGUGGCUGUGCACGAACUGGGCCACGCCCUGGGCCUUGAACAUUCCAACGAUCCCUCGGCCAUCAUGGCACCCUUUUACCAGUGGAUGGACACAGAGAACUUCGUGCUGCCCGAUGACGACCGCCGGGGCAUCCAGCAACUGUAUGGAAGUGAGUCAGGGUUUCCCACCAAGAUGCCCCCUCAACCCAGGACUACCUCCAGGCCCUCUGUCCCUGACAAGCCCAAAAACCCCACCUAUGGGCCCAACAUCUGCGACGGGAACUUUGAUACCGUGGCCGUGCUCCGAGGGGAGAUGUUUGUCUUCAAGGAGCGCUGGUUCUGGAGGGUGAGGAAUAACCAGGUGAUGGAUGGAUACCCCAUGCCCAUCGGCCAGUUCUGGCGGGGCCUGCCCGCAUCAAUUAACACUGCCUACGAGAGGAAGGAUGGCAAGUUUGUCUUCUUCAAAGGAGACAAGCACUGGGUGUUUGACGAAGCUUCCCUGGAACCUGGCUACCCCAAGCACAUCAAGGAGCUGGGCCGAGGACUGCCUACUGACAAAAUUGAUGCUGCUCUCUUCUGGAUGCCCAAUGGAAAGACCUACUUCUUCCGGGGAAACAAGUACUACCGUUUCAACGAAGAGCUCAGGGCAGUGGACAGCGAGUACCCCAAAAACAUCAAGGUCUGGGAAGGAAUCCCUGAGUCUCCCAGAGGGUCAUUCAUGGGCAGCGAUGAAGUCUUCACUUACUUCUACAAGGGGAACAAAUACUGGAAAUUCAACAACCAGAAGCUGAAGGUAGAGCCAGGCUACCCCAAGUCAGCCCUGCGGGACUGGAUGGGCUGCCCCUCAUCGGGGGGCCGGCCAGAUGAGGGAACUGAGGAGGAGACAGAGGUGAUCAUCAUCGAGGUGGACGAAGAGGGUGGCGGGGCAGUGAGCGCGGCCGCCGUGGUGCUGCCUGUGCUGCUGCUGCUCCUGGUGCUGGCCGUGGGCCUCGCCGUCUUCUUCUUCAGACGCCAUGGGACCCCUAAACGACUGCUCUAUUGCCAGCGUUCCCUGCUGGACAAGGUCUGACCCCCACUGCCGCCCGCCCACUCCUACCACGAGGACUUUGCCCCUGAAGGCCAGUGGCAGCAGGUGGUGGUGGGUGGGCUGCUCCCACCUGUCCCGAGCCCCCUCCCUACCCUGCCCCCCACUUCCCUUCUUUUCUGUCCCACGGCUGCCUCUCUCAA